AUGCUUAAAAUAAUGCUAUGUUUGUUACCUCCUGUUUAUCUGCAUUCAUCUUAUAUUCCUAUCCUAACUGAGAAUAUUCAUAGGAUAUUACCGUACGAAGUUAGCACACACAGGAGUUCCCAUAGGUUGCUCACAGAAUCCAUCUCCAAGAAUCACAAUGACGAUAUAAGGAAGUUUUACCAUGGAUUAAUUUCAACAGAGAAGAAAGUAGAAUGUGAUAGUGGAUUAGGAAAAAGUGAUAGAGAAAGUGAUAUGAAUAAUGUUACAUCAAUAGGAAAAGAGGAUAAAUUCGUUAACGUUAUGUUAGUAGACGUCCCCCCUGAUUCACAUGAAUGCAAUUCGAAGAUGUUAAAUGGAAUAGAUAACAUAUCAUGCAAAAAAAAAUGGUCUGAAAAUAUAGAAUCAUUUAAUGAGCAAAUUGGAACUAAACAAAGGAAUUGGCGCGUUGACAUUUUUAAUUUUUGUAAUGCUAUGAUGGGAGGAAAGGGUUUUAAGCAAAAUUCAGAUGUUCAAAAAGCAAAGAAUAAGAUGGAAUGGUGUGAGCAGAAUUCCAAGGAAAAAGUGAAAAAUGAACAGAAAGCAAAAUUGAGCAUAUUAGAAGAGUAUUAUAUAAAAAAUAACAAAAAUUUUUAUAGCUCAUUUGAUACUUCAAAAGAAGAAAAUUCUUUUCUAAAUAAACAAAAUAAAUUCGAAAGAAAACAUGCUAGAAGGAAAAGGGAAUUGCAGAAAUCACACCUAACUAUACCGAUUAAUAGCAGCACUGAUAAUAUCAACUGUUUGAAGAGCAUACCUACCGUUUGCACUAGUAGCAAGGAGAACAUUUAUAAUGGUGACAGUGGUAACAGUUGUGACAAUGGCGAUAGGAGACACUGUAGCAUGAGCAGCGAGAAUAAAGCAUAUUAUGAUAGAAUGAUGACUCACGUGUUCGGUAUAGCUACACUAUUUUAUAGCAAUAAAUCAUAUCUAGAUAAAUUGUCCAAAAAUUUACCCAAGGAAUAUUUAACAUGCUAUGAAAAUUUUGUAAAGAAUUUAAAUAAUAUAUAUGAAAAUAACUUAACGCACGAAUAUGGAGAAUUUUACGACCUUGAAAAUAAAGAAAAACCGAUUCAAGAGAAAGGAAUUGAAAAAUAUUAUUAUGCUUUUAAUAGAACGGUUUACACGUUUUUAUUUUUCUUAUAUGAAAUAUUGCAAAAAGAGGAUGCUUUACAUUUAAGUUUUGAAAUGUUACCAAUGGAAUAUAAAUUGAGAAAUGAUGAACUGAUUGACACGAUUAUGAAAUCGACUCCCACAAGUAUGGAUGAUAUUUAUUUUACUUCAUAUAAAUUUUUCGAUUCAAUGUGUACAUGUUUUGAUAUAUGUUCUUGUUUUAACAUUAACUAUAUAUCUAAGAAGUUAAUUAACAAUUUGAAUGAUAAACAUAAGUCCAACAAUACUGUAUCUUCAGAACUGAAAAAAAUAAAUGAAUAUAUGUCAAAUACUCGUAAUGAUAUAAAAGAAUUUAUAAAAGAUUUGAAUGCUUAUUUUAAACAAUUUUUCGAUUAUGCUUCCCAGGAAAAUUUAUUUAAUGAAACAGUUUUAUAUUGCUACUCACUCUUUUUCGAUUACUACCGUGGCAUGAUCGAUAAAUUAAUAGACAAUUUUAAUAUUCACUUGAAAUUCCCAAUAAAUAAAAAAGCUCAAAGUGAUAUGAUUCCAAUAUAUAAUGAAAUCAAAAUGCAUGCAAAUAACUUAGGAUACAACAUGCGCUCCUUUUAUUUAAAGAAUAACAUUAAACCAGAUCAUGAUAUGCUCAUCAAUUCCCUUUUUUCAGAUAAUGCAUUUAGAUUACGACUUAUUGAUAAAUAUGCAAAAAGCCGAUAUGCAAAUUUUAUCUUUCUUUUGUUAAAUAUGAUGGGUUACCUUCGCAUUCUCAUAGUUUCUGUAAAUUCCUUUUUGUACUUACAAAAUGUCCAUGCACUUCUUUUGGAUGUCCAAAAUGGAAAUAUUAAUUUUGACGAUGCUGUGAAGGCUUUAAAGUACUUAACGAAAUUUCUGUUGCGCAAUAGUUUUAUCUUUAAUCCAAAUGAUGAGAAGAGUGAAUAA